AUGGCCUGGCUCCGCAGUCGGGGAGUUCGCCUCAUCAUUUAUCUGGACGAUAUCCUGAUCAUGGCUCAGGACCGUUCGGUGUUACUAGACCACCUUCGCUGGACCAUGGACCUGCUCUCAGAGCUGGGGUUCCUGCUCAAUCGGGAGAAGUCCUGUCUCUCUCCAUCCCGAGAGAUGGAGUUCCUCGGGUUCAUGGUGGAUUCCACAGCGGGGACCCUCAGCUUACCAUCGGCCAAGAUUCGGUCGAUUCGCAAAGAACUGCUCAGAGCCAGGUCGUCCCCCCGUAUCCCGUUACGUCAGCUGGCGAGGAUAAUAGGCCUUCUUGCAUCAUCCAUCCAGGCGGUCUUCCCAGCCCCGCUCCAUUACCGGGCUUUCCAGCGCCUGAAAAUCGCUCAUCUACGGAAGGGAGCUUCCUACGCGGACUGGAUUCCCUUGGACGAGGAAACCAGGGAGGAGCUGUCCUGGUGGAUCCACAACUUGCAUGCCUGGAACGGCAAGGCGAUUUUUGGUCAGCGCCCGGAUUUCGUGGUGGACUCGGACGCCAGCCUAUCGGGCUGGGGGGCUCACUGCGAGGGAAUCACGACUGGCGGAGGCUGGUCAGAAAUAGAGACGGGGUUCCACAUCAAUGCGUUGGAACUGUUGGCGGGCUCUUUUGCAAUCAAGAGCUUCACGAGGGACACGGCCAGAUCCUGCAUUCAAUUGCGUAUGGACAACGUGUCAGCUGUACGUUACAUCAACGGCAUGGGAGGAACCCGGUCCACCAUUUUAUCACGGUUGGCGAAGGACUUCUGGGACUAUUGCCUAUCCAAGGAAUUGGUGGUCUUGGCAGAAUACCUUCCGGGCGUUCACAACAUCCACGCGGACUGGAGCUCUCGUCAUCUUUCGGAUUCCAGCGACUGGCAGUUAGAUCCUGAACACGCAACUGGCACGAUUUUACAGCUGGCGCCCGGAUCCGGAAGCCGAGGCCGUGGAUGCAUUCCUCCAAGAUUGGUCCAGAGGGAUCCUCUAUGCGUUCCCGCCGUUCCAACUGAUUCCGCGGACCCUCAUUCAAGUGCGCCGGUGUGUCGCGGAACUGACCUUGCUGGUCCCGUUUUGGAGCUCCCAAUCAUGGUUCCCCCACCUUCUGGAGAUGAUGGUAGAGAUCCCUCGCCUUCUCCCGACGUCGCCGACUCUCCUCCGCAACCCUCGCCGCCAGCCACAUCCUCUUCUCCUGGACGGGACACUGCGCCUGCUGGCGUGUCGGAUUUCAGGGGACCCUGGGAGGUCCCGGGAGUUUCGGGUACAGCUAAAGUCCUUCUGGAGAACGCAUGGGCCCCAGGAACCAGGAGAUCUUAUAGAUCAGCCUGGGGGUUUUGGGCUGACUGGUGCUUGGCUAGGGACUUGGAUCCCAUUUCAGCACCUGUGACGGAGAUUUUACAUUUCCUGUCUUCCCUCUUCGACCAGGGCAAGGCGUAUCGCACCAUCAGCCUGUUCAGAUCUGCCAUCUCAGCGUCUCACCAAGGCUUUGACGGGACGCCUGCGGGUCAACACCCUUUGGUCUGCCGGCUGAUGCGCGGCUCGCGUAUGUCUCGACCUCCGAGACCAAGGUUCACCACCACUUGGGACGUGUCUCGUGUUCUCUCCUUUUUGUCUGCUUGGCCCCAGAAUUCUGAACUCUCCCUUAGGCAGUUGUCUGCGAAACUGGUCACUCUUCUCUGUUUGAUUUCUUGCAAGCGGGUGUCCGAUGUCAGGGCUCUGGAUCAUGAUGCCCGCUCCUACACCCCGGAAGGGGUCACGUUUGACAUUUCUAGGAGGACUAAGACCCACAUACGCUCGGUCUCCUAUCCAGUUUUUCCUGCUUCGCCUUCGCUUUGUCCUGUGGCGUGCCUUAAGGAAUAUGAAGUUCGCACUUCUCCUUAUAGAUCUCGAGAGCUUCCGAAGCUCUUCCUUUCCACGAUUCGGCCUUUUGCUCUGGUGACUACUCCCACGUUGGCGAGGUGGAUGAAGUGGAUCAUGGAGUUGUCGGGCGUGGACGUCUCUCUUUUUUCGGCACAUUCCGCUAGGGUGGCAUCUGCUACCUCGUUGGCGGUUUCUGGGGCCAGACUUGAAGACAUUUUGAAGUUGGCGGAUUGGUCCAGUGUCUCCACGUUCAGGGAGUUUUAUUUUAGACCAAGUCCUCAUGUGUUUUCUUCCAUCAUUAAUAACGUGUCUUAG